GCCAGAUUUAAGUGACCUAAAUAAACGAACUAAUUUGAAAACGGCGCGAAAAAUGAAAAGUAGUGCGCGGGACGACAAGAUGGCGGAUCGUUGCGCAAAUGUGUGAACGCGAAAUUUUGCUCGGUGUAUUAUUUAUUGAUUGUUGAAAAACAAUGGCGGGCAGUCGGUGUCGGCGUCGCUGGCAGUGAGUCAGUGGGUCAAGGGUGCGCUGGCCUAGUUACGCAGCCCCGCGCGCCCAAAUUCGCGGCUUUACCAGUUGCUAACCUCUCCGACUCGCACACCGACAAUGCGUAGAGAGGGGCCAUGAAAACCCCCUAACGAAUUCUUUAGUCAUGGACGAUUUAGAGAAAAAGAUACCGGUGCUUUGUGUGGGUCCCAAGGGUUCAGGGAAAACCACUUUGCUUAAGAAACUACAAGAGGCCGAAGGUAUUGACUACACGUACAGUCCAGUGCCAACAAUUGGCACUAACAUCUACGAUAUUAAUUAUGUUAACAAACAAGGUAAAAAGCAAGUGCUGUCUAUCAGAGAAAUUGGCGGAGAGAUAGUAACAUUGUGGAAUAAUUACCUAGGAGGAGUUGAAAAGGUAAUUUUCGUGGUGGACACAUCAAAUUUGUGUCAAAUAUCAGAGGCUGCCGUGAUGCUCUACACUUUACUGGCCGAACCGAAGCUUCGCAGUUCAAAGUUUAUUCUAGUGCUUAGCAAGAUGGACGUGGCGUAUCGUCAGAUGAGGAACGAAGCAUUAUUAAUGCUACAGCAUUCGCGACUUUGUUCAGAGCUGGCCAAUGCGCCAGCGCUGCUCGAGGCUUCGCCGCUUACCAACAUCGGUAUAGACGCGCUACGAACCUUCCUAGGAGACGCCAGAAAACUAGAGUAGUUUUCGUGUCAAGGGACAAACAAACACGAUUAGUUGGUGGUAUGUCACUUUGUACAUGCAUGCUUAAGGCCGAUAUCAGCCGGAGGGCUUUUACCAAAUUCAUUACAAUAAAAGGGCUUGGCGUUCAUUCGAAAGUCUUAUAAAGAGCAAGUAACAUACAUACAUAUGUAGAUUAGAUGAAAAUCCUUGAUACACAUUGAUGUAAU